UCUAGGCUGUCGCUAGCAGUCUAGCACUACCAUCGUCCCAAGCGUGGCAGCAAGCGCGCGGCAAUGGCUCUCCCGAAGCUACUUCCCUGCUUCCUCCUCCUGGUUCUCGUCACCGCUUCUUCUGCCACCUCGGAGUUGUCCGGCAGCUUGCUCAAGUGCUACCAGGCGCCUCCGGGCACCAACAACACCGCGCUUUUCGCAGAGGCGCUGCUCCCGCUCCUCGGCGCGCUCCCCUCCGUCGCCGCGCCGACGGGGUUCGCCUCCCUCCGAUCCGGCGGCACCAGCCGCGACCGCGCGUUCGCUCGGGCCCUCUGCUUCGGCGACUCCACUCCCCCGGCCGACUGCCUACGGUGCCUCUCCGACGCCGCAAGGAACGUCACCGCCGGCUGCGGCACCAGCCGGCUCGCGGGCAUCUGGACCGACGGCUGCUUCGUAGCCUACGGCACCGCCGACACCAGCGCCGACGCCUUCCGCUCGCGUGCCAUCAUCUCCCUCGGGUCCGACGUCACGCGGGUGACCAACGCCUCGGAGCCCGACCUCCGGAGGCUCGCCGACGUCGCGCUGUCCCUGGCGCCGCGCGCCGCCGCGAACGGGCCGCGGAUGCUGGCCACGGCGGACGCGACGGCCGUGUCGAACAACUACGCGUGGAGGAGCACGGUGCGCGUGCUGGCGCAGUGCGCGAGGGACCGCGCGCCCGCGGAGUGCCUCCGGUGCCUCCAGGGCUCGGCGCGCGAGGUGGGCAGGUGCUGCUGGGGCCUCGACCCGUGGCGCGGGGGCGUGGCGGCGGCCGUGGUCGGCUUCGACUGCUACCUCCGCUUCGAGGUCGCCACUGCAAAGGUGGCGCUGCCAGAGUUGAUCUGGCUGGCAAUGAAGGAUAAUCCAGUGUUCGUGGUCGUGUGCUUCGUCGCGACCUUCUACCUGGCAGCCGUGCUUGCGGUUUUGGUGCUCAUUACAAGAGCAAACAAAAUGAAACCAGCUCUACAAGCCCUAGAGGAGGAGAUUGCAGCCCUUCAGGCUCAAAUCAAGGCCGUCCACCUGCAGCUAGCGGCACAGACUAAUUAAUCACCACCUUACCUUGUGCCUUGAGUUGUUACUAGAUUAGGAGGCUAAGUACAUGCCGGCGUCAGCGGUUAGGACUUAGGAGUACUCGAGAUGGGUGUACUCAGUUGAUAGUAAUCUUGUGGUAAGAGCGCUAGCCUGCCUGUAAUAACAGUACACAAAUGUGUGGAUUGCUGCAUUUCUGAUGAAAAGUCGAAAACCCGUAUAUUUUUUACA